AUGCUGUCCAAUCCACUUCACCGGUUCGGCCCUUACCAUGCUAUGCCAUCUCCUACCAUGCUAUCUGGCGGACAUGUCUCAGCCGGCCACCUCCAUGCCGCUGGUCUCGACAGCAUGGGCCCUGGUUCUCAUUAUGCUCUUCAACAACUUCAGCAGCACGUGAAUGUUCACAACCACCAUCUAGCAAGGGCAGGCCCUCAACCAAAACACCGACAACAUCCCUAUGGACCGGUGACGAGAGCAACAGGAGCGGCCGGACCCAUUCGUAGACGGAUAAGCAGAGCAUGUGAUCAGUGUAAUCAGCUGCGGACAAAAUGCGAUGGCCAGCAUCCAUGCGCCCAUUGCAUUGAAUUCGGGCUUGGCUGCGAGUACAUCCGGGAGCGAAAGAAGCGCGGAAAGGCUUCGAGAAAGGACUUGGCGGCACAAGCAGCAGCCGCCGCUGCCCAGCAAAACGGUCAAAAAUCCCCGAGUCAAGCCGGCGAAAACGAUCAAUCCUCCGAAACCCGAAGCGAAAGUACCACGACGGCAAAGCGAGCUUCUUCCUUACCCAUCGAACACCAAUCAACCUCAAACGACAAGACAAUGAGCGACAUGACCGAAGAUUCAAUGAGGAGUCAAAGGACCGGGAGUAUGGACAGUAUUGAUAUGGGGACACAUCAGACACACAUCGCGAGUCAUCCGGGAGCUAUGGACAGAGAUCUGGAAAGCCCAGCCGCCCUCGAUCUCAGCUACGGAAAUGUCCAUCAGGAAUAUCAUCGUCAAGGAAUGGGUGCUCAUCUGAUGAACGGCGCAUCGCAUCAUGCGCCGUACGGUUCGAACCAGGCUGCCAUGUCCAACUAUCCGGAUCUACCAUACGCCCUGCAAACUCAAAGUCCGGCCGGCUAUUCCGCAAACACAUCAAGUGGUUUCCGCAUUGGCAACAGCUCGUUGAACGCUUAUCCCAUGGCUGGCGAGCCAACUUCGCCUGGUUGGAUGAACAUAGCUUCACCGCCACCCCAGUUCGCGCAACAUGUUCCGCAGCCCACCUACAGCCAUGCACAGUUGCGAUACCCCGUGUUGGAGCCACUUCUACCACACUUGGGCAACCUAAUGCCGGUGUCGUUAGCAUGCGACCUCAUUGAUCUAUACUUCGCCAGUUCCUCUUCGGCCCAGAUGCACCCCAUGUCACCUUAUGUUCUGGGGUUUGUAUUUCGAAAGCGAUCCUUCUUGCACCCUACAAAACCUCGUCAAUGCCAACCCGCGCUUCUUGCAAGCAUGCUAUGGGUUGCUGCUCAAACCAGCGACGCCCCCUUCUUGACGAGUGUUCCGUCGGCGCGCGGCAAAAUUUGCCAAAAGCUCUUGGAGCUCACAGUGAGCCUCCUCAAGCCUCUGAUCCACACCCCGUCUGAGGAGUCUUCACCUGUGUCGAGCCCGAUUGUUGAUGGAGUGGCGCUGGGUGGCCUCGGUGUGGCCCUUCCGGGAUCGAUCAGCAUGGAUGCCUUGACUGGCGAGACUGGCGCAUUUGGCGCCGCAGGGACCUUGGACGAUGUGGUGACUUAUAUCCACCUCGCCACCGUGGUUUCUGCGAGCGAGUACAAAGGCGCCAGCUUGCGGUGGUGGAAUGCCGCAUGGUCACUAGCUCGUGAGCUCAAGCUCGGCCGAGAAUUGCCACAAAACUCACCCUCGAUGCAGAACAGUGGGAACGAGGUUGACGGGGAAUUGGGCAACAUUCCCGGCAUGAUUACCGAGGAGGAACGAGAGGAGAGGCGCCGUAUCUGGUGGCUUGUCUAUAUUGUCGACCGCCAUCUUGCGUUAUGUUACAACCGGCCUUUAUUCCUCCUCGACAUCGAGUGCGACGGUCUUUUGCAACCCAUGGAUGAUACCGACUACCAGAACGGGAACUUUCACGCUUACACCGAUCCGAAUGUCCUGGCCUCAGAUCCCAAUACUCCAGUUGUUCGGCAUCGUGGCCCAUCUUUCGUCUGCACCGGUCAUAGCAUUUUUGGCUACUUCCUGCCCUUGAUGACUAUCCUCGGCGAGGUUGUGGACUUACAUCAUGCUCGCAAUCACCCACGCUUCGGUGUUGGCUUCCGUUCAUCCCGUGAAUGGGACGAUCAGACAGCUGAAAUUACUCGCCAUCUUGAAAUCUAUGAAGAGAGCAUCAAGAGAUUCGAGCGUCGCAAUCUCAGCCUUAGUGCACAAGCACAGGCUGCUGACGAGAAGGCUGCGGAGGCGGCCGGUGUUCCAACCGCAAAUGAUGUGCCCCAUGACGCUGGCACACCGUCAGUCCAAAGUGUACACAGCGUACAUACCAGUUCCAGCCGGAUGACAGAAAGCGAUAUCCAGACUCGCAUUGUCAUGGCCUAUGGCACACACGUUAUGCACGUGUUGCAUAUCCUCCUUACUGGGAAGUGGGAUCCCAUCAAUCUUCUUGAUGACAACGACCUCUGGAUCAGUAGUCAGGGUUUCAUUACUGCUACAGGACAUGCGGUAUCCGCUGCCGAGGCCAUCAGCAACAUUCUUGAAUACGAUCCUGGCCUGGAGUUUAUGCCUUUCUUCUUUGGCAUAUAUCUCCUCCAAGGCUCCUUCCUCCUUCUGCUCAUUGCAGACAAACUUCAACUCGAGGCAUCGCCAAGUGUGGUCAAGGCUUGCGAGACCAUUAUCCGUGCGCACGAGGCUUGCGUGGUUACCCUGAACACGGAGUACCAGCGUAACUUCAGCAGGGUGAUGCGCAGUGCCCUUGCACAAGUCCGCGGCCGCGUGCCCGAGGACCUUGGCGAACAACACCAGCGCCGCAGAGAACUGCUGGCUUUAUACAGAUGGACCGGCGACGGGACUGGCCUGGCCCUCUGA